GCAAGCUGAGGAUUUAACGGUAUGACGUAUGCUUUGAUAAAUGCAAUAAUAAAGCAAAUUUUAAUCCUGAUGAUGACAUCAAAAGCGAGACAAAACCAGUAAAAGGCUACGAGAGAAGAGGAUUUUUAAAAUCCUCACAAUGCUUCAUGCCAGGCUGAUAACAGUUCUUGGGAUAAUCUGCCCCCCACUAUUAGCCUGUGACGUGUUACUUUAGCACUAUGUGGUAUUUUUGGCACAUAUGAAAAAACUAAAAGCACCUAAGAAUAUUCUGGGUUGUCCGAUUCUUAACAUACAAAAUGAAUUGAGGAUACUUAUGGAUAAGUAUCAUAUUUAUGACAGCAACACUAAAUUGUACCUUUAAUUGUACAAUUUGGCACAAUUUAGCAAAAUUGAGCUGUUAUGCGCAGUGAUUAAGACAGCAGCUUGUGAUUUCAUUUAACGCACCAGUAUGACACCAGUAAACAUACACAGACAUUUAGAAUAGGUUUUUCCUCAUUUAAAUGCUUUAAAAUGUAAGUAUUUACCACCUUGCUGGCAAAAACGACUUGCUAUUAUAAGGACAUUACCAUUUCUCUCUAAGCCAUCUCCUGAGAGUCUGUCUGCUUAUUUUGGACAUGAAUAAUGCAGUCAGCAUUCACUGACAGGCCUCGCUGUGGCCAUGUUGUGAGCUCACAUGCUUUUUGCAGCUCUGUCUGAUUGACUCCUGCCUCCCAAAAAAGCAACGGCAUUAUGGGCUGGGGCUUUGUCCCACGUCUCUAAUCCUGCUCUUAAAACCCCUCCAGUUGCCCACCGCAGAAGAUGAGCACUCACUCUAGCUUACACCACUCGAAAGAUCCCAGACGCCUAUCUGAUGCACCAAUACUGAGACAAAACCAAGACUUUAAGACUCUGAGAAGACUAACGAGAGGCCAUGAGUACAUUCGGCUACCGGCGGGAACUGAGUAAGUACGAGGAUUUGGAUGAAGAUGAGCUGUUGGCCUCGCUGACUGCCGAGGAGCUCCAGGAGCUGGAGAAGGAGUUGACUGAUAUUGACCCAGAUGACAAUCUUCCUAUCGGACUGCGACAGAGAGAUCAGACAGCUAAGACUCCCACUGGAACGUUCAGCAGGGAAGCUCUGAUGAAAUACUGGGAAAAUGAGACUCGAAAACUGUUGGAGGAGGAGAGGAUCGGAUCCACAAGUCCUAGACAGAAAGAUGAAGACAGCAGGGAAGAGGAGGAAUGCAUGACUGAGAGUGACAAUGAAGAAUCUGGGGAUGAAAAAGACGAGGCUGAAAAACUUGAGAAAGACACACAAAUAUAUUGUGAAGUUGAAGAAGACCAAGAAGAGGAAAGUGAAGCAGAGGAGCCGGUAACAGAAGAGGAGGAUGUGGAAGAAGAAGAAGAUGAGGAAGAAGAAAACGAAGAAGAGAACAGUCCUAAAAUGGCACCGAUGCUGGAUUGCACCACUCACCCUCAGCAGUGUUGGUCUUCCAAUGGUCAGUCCAAUCAGAGACAGGCAGAGCCUGUAAGACGAUACACUCCACUGAUGAGUGAACCAAAAGUCCAAGCUCAGGAGCCCAGUCGCAUGUCAGGAAACCCUACUGUGGUGGACGAUGUUCUGGAAAAGAUCCUCAACAAUGACCCAGAUACCACCGAGGUCAACCUCAACAACAUUGAAAACAUCUCCCAAGACACUCUUAUCCGAUUUGCCGAAGCCUUACGCUUAAACACACACGUACGUUUCUUUAGCCUUGCAAACACACAUGCAGAUGACCAGGUGGCUUUUGCCAUUGCCAAGAUGCUGAGAGAAAACAGCAACAUCACAAAUCUUAACAUUGAGUCCAACUUUAUUACAGGGAAGGGUAUUCUGGCACUGGUGCAAGCCCUCACACGAAACAGUACGCUUACGGAAAUGCGAUUUCACAAUCAGAGGCACAUUUGUGGAGGUCAGGUGGAAAUGGAGAUUGUAAAGUUACUGAGGGAGAAUACAACGCUGAUAAAGUUGGGUUACCAGUUCGACCUUGCAGGCCCUCGUAUAAGCAUGACGACCAUUCUUACCCGCAACCAAGACCUCCAGAGACAGAGGAGAAUGCAGGAGCUGCGCCAACAGCAAGGAGGUGCAGCAAUGCCAACAAACCCAAGAACAGUCGCCCUUCAGAAGAGCACGACCGCCUCUUCUCCUUACGGCUCCCCUCGGAGUUCACCAUGGUCAUCUCCAAAGUUACCACACAUUGACAUGGCAAAGAAGAACGCUCCCCCUGCUCCUCCACCUCCCCCACCACCACCUCCUCCUCCGCCACCCAAGGUCUUCGCCCCAGAGAAGGCGGCUCCCACCAGAAUGAUCGCAGAAGUCAUCAAACUGCAAGAGGGGACUUCCAAGAAACAGCAGCAUAGUUCCACCAAAUCUAAACCCAAAAGGGGCAAAAAAGGGACUGCAAAGCAAACAGAGACUGACAGCAUAUUAAAGGAACUGAAGAACGCUUUGAGACCCAUCAAUGACAGAGAGAACUCCAGACCGUCCACACCUCAACGCUGUGCUCAUGAUGAACUCAUGGCCGCCAUCAGAGGCAGUAGCAUCAAAAAACUCAAAAGGGUGGAGGUUCCAAAGUAUCUUCGGUAACCAGGCUGUAAGUCUGAACAGGAAACCCAUCUCCAGAGCAUCAUCUGCAAAAACAUCUGUAAAUACAGAUACUGUGUGCUUUUCUCAGAAUCACACCAACCUUCAGAAAAAUUCUGGUCAAUGCAGGUGUUUGGUGAGUUUGCAUUAAAUGUUCCAAGACAGUGGCACAACAGUCAAAUUCUGUAAAUGUCCACUUGAUCACAACAGGGCCUUGUUUAAUUUAAAACAACAGGGUUUUCCGUUUUGACGAUUGACCUGGAUAUUUGCACCGUAUUCAUUUUUUUAUUGUUAUUACUAUUAGUAAUAGUGGUAGUUUCUGCUGUUGUUGUGAUUGUACUUUCAUGUUUUUAAAUGAAAAAUCUACUUUGCCUUGUUAAUGAUUUUUAACACUACUUCAUGUCUGUAUAAAUGUAAAUAUUUGACUUGAUUUAAAAUGAUUAAAUGUCACUAAUUCAAUAAUCGGUUGAAAUAAUGAGCACACCAUUAUUUAUGUCAUACAGUAUGUGUAAUACUACUUACCAAAACAGUUGCAAAGGUCAGAAGACUAGCGUGGGCUAAAAUGACUUUGCUGGAACGGGAGAGUAUUAGUUGUAUGAAUAUCAGUCUCUUAAUCCGGACCCUGUAUGUUUGUAUAUUUUGGAAAUGUUCCCUGGGACUAAAUCCACUCCGCAGCUGUUCACCAUGAAUAGAGAAAUGUUUUUAGUAGCAGCGGCAGGAACAGCAGCGAAGUUUGUGUUCAGGCAAAGAGUGUAUCUGAAAGGCAAAUACUUUUUCCAAAGAAGAGGGUUAUAUGAACAUUUAUCAACUUCUAACAUUUUUUCCAUGUAUAUCAAAGAAUGCAAUAGAUUUU